AUGGCAGGAACAGUAGCAAACGGAACCCCUACAGUAUCAGAGCUUCCCGAGGAAGUAAGCAAGCCGCCUGAAGGCAUCGUUGUGCCUCCGAAAGACAUCAGAACAAUUGUCGAGAAGACCGCAGGUUUCGUGGCUAGAAAUGGGCUUGUUUUUGAAGACCGAGUCCGUGAAAAAGAAAGAAACAACCCCAAAUUUUCCUUUUUAAACUCGGCGGAUCCUUAUGCUGCCUUUUAUUCUUGGAGACUUAAUGAAGUUAAAGCCGGCAGGGGUACGGCUGUAUCUGCUGGGAGGGCUGGCGAACCGGCAGCACAACCCGAAGAAACGGUAUCCAAGGGCCCCGAGGCUCCCCCAGAGUUUCGUUUCUCUGCGCGCAUGCCGAACAUUAAUGCACUAGAUCUUGAGGUUGUGAAAUUAACUGCGCUUUUUGUGGCUAAAAGAGGCAAGUCGUUCAUGACAGCGCUUUCGCAGCGGGAAACCAGGAAUUAUCAAUUUGAUUUCCUACGGCCCCAACAUAGUUUAUACCAAUUUUUCACAAGGCUGGUAGACCAAUAUGUUGAGCUUCUUCAGGUUUCGAGAGCAGAUAUUGGGAAAGCAGAAAAAACACGCAUUUCUGAGUUGCAAAAGAAUGUCAAGAACAGGUAUCAUAUCCUUGACCGGGCACGACAGCGGGCGGAGUGGGUUCAGUAUCAGGAACAGCAAAAGCAAAAGAAGGAAGAGGAGGAAGAGCAAGAAAGCAUUGCGUAUGCUCAAAUUGACUGGCAUGAUUUUGUUGUAGUUGAAACUGUCAUGUUUACAGAGGCCGACGACCAUGCCGAGCUCCCGCCACCAACUUCGCUGAACGAUCUCCAGACUGCGUCCCUAGAACAAAAAGCUAUGAUUUCGCUAGCACCGGCGAACAGACGAAUAGAAGAAGCUUUACCUACGGAUGAUGAUAGUGCAAAUUAUUACAAUGCCUACCCUCCCACGCAAAUUCCCAUUAUUCAACCAAGCUAUGGCCAACCCCAGUCCCAAUCACCCAUCCCCACCAAUCGCCCACCUUCUGUUCCUAUUCCCCAACCUUCACUACUUUCUCCUCACGGUAUUACACCAAUAUCAACGCCUGUUCCUCCAGCCCCGAUUGCCAGUACAAUUGCGGAACCUGAUUCCCGUGCUGUGGCUACGCCGCCCCCUAUGAUCCCUGGACAGCCACCCAUGCGUAUCCGCUCCGAUUAUGUCCCUCGUGCCCAAGCCAAACGCCUUAACACUGCUACAGUGCCAACAUCUGUUUGCCCGAAUUGUAAACAGCAAAUCCCUAUUGCAGAAAUGGAACAACAUAUGCGGAUUGAGUUGCUCGAUCCACGCUGGAAAGAGCAGCGCGCAAAGGCUGAAGCGCGUUAUGCAACCACCAAUUUGUCAACUGUUGAUGUUGCGAACAAUCUAAAACGGCUCGCUAGCCAAAGGAGUGAUGUUUUUGACCAAGUGGUCGGAACUGAGCAACAACAACAACAACAACAACAACAACCAAACCCUCCAGAAGCCUCCGGCCUUGACCCAGAGGAAGAAGCUCGGAGGAAGAGAAUGGCCGUUGGCGGUGGAAUGGAUGGCUCAGGCAUGCCUAUGGCCAUACCAGCACUACCUCCAGGUUCGCUUCCAGCUCAACCAGGUUACGAUGCCUGGCCACAAGCCAUUCCGCCCGGGAUGCAACCAAGAAUGGGCGCCCCGCCCCCAGGCCAGCCUGUUGAUAUUGAAGAGCAGAUAAGGCAGAUUCACCAAAAAUUUAAACAAUGA